AUGGUGAGAGCAGCCCUGCUUGUGAGUCGUCUUCUCUUCUGCAACGCUCUUCUAGACCUGAGUGGCCUUGAUGAGAUCAAUGGCAUAUGGAAGGGAUCUACCAUCUUGCCAUGUGCCUAUGUGCCUGUGAAGGACCUUGUGCAGCAAACGCUGACGUGGACUGUGGUACAUGACCAGAGCUCUGGCACCGUCUUUCGGAGGGACAGCUCUGGCGACCAUGUUCUCCUGUCCGAGUACAGGGACAGGGUCAGCGUCCUGAAGGAUGCCCCAGGAAACGUUUCUCUCCACAUCUUGAACCUGGAGGUCUCUGACAGGGGAACCUACACUUGCCAGGUCACCUGGAAAGCCAGCAACAACAGCCUGAUAGCAAAAGAGAUCACCACUAAAGUGGAGGUUGUUAAAG